CCCGGCGUAUAUGGCUACGCGACCUCGAGCAUGGUUAACUCGACUCAGAUGACCCGCCAAACAUCUUCCAUUUCCUUGGCGUCAAUAGCACACCACCGUCAUGGCCUAGGCCAAAUAAAUGUACAGACAAUGCUCCGUCAGGAGGAGGGGCUAGAGACACUGCAUGAACUUCCCACUCCGACUUCGAAGAUGUCUGUCUGCAGCGUCAUCUCACCUGCUGGAGGCAAAAUCGGUGCCGUUUGUGGACCUGUAGGCGUUUCUACCGUGGUAUCUGGUGGUCAGGCCGAUGCAGUUGGCGGCAGAAUUAUUCGCUCGAGUGGAGCCUACCCGUCGUCCAGUUGGACGGAGGCGAGCUGGUUACGGUCAGGAAUUUCAAGUGAAGUCAAACUGAAACGACCCUCGGUAUUCUCGUGUCCUGACACGGAUAGGCCCGUCAAUAUGAUGCCGCUGAUGAACGAUUUCUGCUCUUUACCCAUGCUUUCCCGAACUGGAGCCGUGGUCACAUCUUCUCGGAGUUCCAAGCGUCGGUGA